AUGGCUGCCCAAAGCUCCUACAAUUUCAGGCCUGCCCUAAUUGUGGUUGACAUGCAGGAGGACUUUUGCCCGCCGAAUGGUUCUCUUGCUGUUGCUGAGGGCCGGACUAUCACCCCAGUGAUCAACGAACUCCUCUCUCUUCCCUCCUUCGUAGCGAAGGUCACUACCCAGGACUGGCACCCCCAGAACCAUGUCUCUUUUGCUUCUAAUCACCCGCCCCCGAACAACCGCCCCUUUAUCGACACCGUGACCAUCUACCAUCCAGACGACCCUUCUCUUGGCCACUAUGAGACACGUCUUUGGCCAGACCAUUGCGUGCAGAAUACUCCGGGGGCUGAGCUGAUUCCGGAGCUGGACGCAAGCAAGGCCACCCACAACAUCAAGAAGGGAACUGACCCGCGUGUUGAGAUGUAUAGCGCUUUCGUCGACCCAUUGGGAGUGUGUGACAGCGGUCUUAACAGCUUACUUCAAGAUGAGAAGGUAUCACAUGUAUAUGUGGUAGGUCUGGCAGGAGAUUACUGCGUGAAGUCAACUGCAAUGGAUGCCGUAAAACUGUUAGGUUUGGAAGGGAAAGUGUUUGUGAUUGAGGAUGGGACAAAGCCUGUGGAUGGCGGGGAGCCGUGGGAAGAAAGCAAGAAGGAUAUGGAAAGCAAGGGCGUCAAAGUAAUUGGUAUCAGCGCCAAGGAGGUUAGAUGGCUCUAUGGUGAGGGCUUGGAAGCUUAG